AUGGGGUGGUACCUAAAUUCGCUAACUUAUAGCGUGUUAAUUUGUGGGGUUUUGAGGAAGCGGGAUGAUGAACGUGGGAAGGAGUUGAUGUGCAGUCUUUGGGAGACAAUGAAGGAUGAAGAGGACCACUCAAGAAGGUUUUUUAAUGUGGUUUUUAAGAUUUCAGAAGAUAUGCCACAAGGGGAGAAUCCUGAUGUGAUCACUCUCAACAUAGUUAUUAAUAUGUUUUGCAAGAUGGGAGGGAUUGAAGAAGCUUUGAAAAUGCUUAAUGAUAUGAUGAUGGUAAAAUUUUAUGCCCCUGACGCCAUUAUCUUCACUAGCAUCAUAGGCGGUUUGUUAAAUGUUGGGAGAACUCAAGAAGCUCUCAAUCUAUUUGAUCAAGUAAUGCCCAAAAAUGGCAUUAGUCCUGGUGUGGUAACAUAUAAUGCAGUUCUUCGUGGCUUGUUUAAACUUCAGUUAGCAGAUGAGGGAAUAAGGGUGUUUAAUAGAAUGUUAGCUGAUGGUGUGGCUGCUAACAUUACCACAUACUCCAUCAUAAUCGAUGGAUUAUACGAUUCUAACCAAAUUGACAAGGCUAAGAAAUUCUGGGAUGAUGUUGUUUGGCCCUCAAAAGUUCAUGAUCAGUUUGUUUAUGCUUCUAUUCUCAAAGGGCUUUGUCACUUGGGCAAUUUAAAUAAAGCUUGUCAUUACCUAUAUGAACCGGUAGAUUCUGGGGUCAGUCCAAAUAUUGUUAGUUAUAACAUUGUGAUUGAUUGUGCUUGCAGGUUAGGCGUGAAGAGGGAAGCUUAUCAAAUUGUUAAUGAAAUGCGAAAGAAUGGUCUGGCCCCUGAUGCUGUAACUUGGAGGAUUCUUGACAAGUUACAUGGCACUAUGAAGGGAUGA